AUUUUCGAUAGAUGUGAAAUGUGGUUUAAAUUCAAAAUUACACCUAUCCGAAUAGACCACGAAAAUAUACCACUUUUAAAUCGUCCAACUCUUUGACAAGCGUAAACCGCGAAGACUCGAUGGAAUGUCAUGGGCUUGGCUGGGCCCAGUAGAGAGAGACAAAAAAUUGAUGGUCAAAGUUACUGAUAACAGCUAACAUGGCAACUUGUGAUGGAAGUACUGCAACUUUGGAGAACCUUGGUCAGGGACUCUUUGGCGUUCAAUUGGAGGUGACUGAAAAAUUGCUGGAAGCAGAGAAGAAGAAACUAACUCAGUUAGAGCUACAUCUUGUUGAAGAAUCAGGAAGUGGAAUAAGUGGUGUUGAGAAGGAAAAAGAGUUAACCCGCCAAAAAUCAAACUAUGCACGCUUGUCAAUACAGCAUCACCAGCUUGCCAAAGAAUACGAGGAAGCUGCAAGAGGUCUGUUGAGAAGAUCAACCAAGCAGAGAAAGUCUUCAAGAAGUGUUCCAUCUCUUGGUUUUAAGCAAACUGUUAAAGCAAGGCCUACCAUCUUUGGAAAUCUGGUGGAUGAAGAUUGGGAAAAUCACAAUAGAUCUUCUGUGAAGAAGAUCAGUAUUACGCCAUCAAGAACACCAUCUCUCCCUUCAAACCUCUCAGAGGAUGUUAUGUUUGAGGAUGGACAUAUUACAGCUGGUACCCUCAGUGGUCUUAUUCAGCUCUUGGUUCCUCUUCCAAAUUACUACCCAGAUAGGACAUAUGUGUUUGCAUUUCUACUCUGCUCAAGGCUGUUUGUUCUUCCCAGUGAAUUGCUGUCAAGAGUUUCAAAGUCUUGUGCUGAGCAGAUAAAGAAAGCCCCUUCUGAAGAGACCAAGGUGCUUGCCUUUAAUUUGGUGCAACUAUUGAGUGAAUGGACCGAGACAUUUCCAAAUGACUUUAAAGAUGAAGUGAUGAUGAUGCAUGUCAAAGACAUCACCAGUUACUGUGCAUCACUCACUGUGGAAUUAAGAAGCAUGGUUGGACAGAUGACUCAGUCCCUCUUUCAGAAGCUUGCAUUGUUGAAUAAAUAUGAAGAGAUUCUGUUAAAGGCAACGGCGGCUGCUGAAGACAGAAAGCUGACAGGGUCCAGCAAGUACAAAAGCGUUCUCGAGGUCUGUCCUAAUCCAGUGAUUAUGGCUCAACAGUUGUGUCACAUUGAGUUGGAAAGACUUGCAAAUAUUGGACCAGAGGAGUUUGUGCAAACUUUUAUUCCAAGAGAUGAAGCGGACUUAAGAUCAACUCUCAGCUAUAUCAAAAGGACAAGCAACUUAGAAGCCUACAUUGAAUGGUUCAAUCGACUUGGUUAUUUAGUGGCAACUGAAGUUUGUUUGGGAAACAAAAAGAAAAUCAGGGCCAAGAUCAUUGAAUAUUUUGUAGACGUGGCCACCGAGUGUUAUGACAAAGGAAACUUCAAUUCAGCCAUGGCCGUUAUUGCCGGAUUGAACAUGAGUCCUGUGACAAGAUUAAAAAAGACGUGGUCCAGAGUAAAGUGUAGAAAGUUUGACAGACUUGAACGCGAGAUGAACCCGGCUUCGAACUUUGCUUGUUAUCGAGCGAUGUUCAAAAUGGCUGUUGAGAGCACCGGGGGUAGGUUUGAAUGCUCCAUUCCUUUCUUCAGCCUGUUUGUUAAAGAUGUUUAUUUUCUCAACGAGGGCCACUCAAACAGACUUCCAAAUGGGCACAUAAAUUUCGAGAAAUUCUGGCAGCUAUCGAAACUGAUAACAAAUUUUGUAACAUGGAAGGAGGCAGCUUGUAAAUAUGACCGCAGCAGGGCCGUUUUGAAUUACUUGAUGACUGUCCCAGUGUUGUCUGAAAAGAAUUUAGCUUUGAUGUCGUAUGAAUGUGAAGCACCUGAAACACAGUUCGAGAAAGAAAGACGCAAAUCUCUAAGGUGUGAAAGAAAUGCGGAGAGAAAAUGAAAAGACAUUUCCUGAAAGUAAAUGUUUCGAGGCAUUUGUAUUUAAGUAAGCGUUUAACCUGCAUCACAGUGUAAUCGAAAACAAAAAAGGAAAAACCCAACCAAAAAAGUCUAAACUUAGAGGAAACUGCAUGAAAUAAUUAACCUCCUGUGCAGUACAUCUAGACUCCUUCGACCAAAACUGUAUUUAUUUUUUUUCCUUUUUUUCGGAUUUAUGUGCCUUUUGAUGGAAAAACACCCAUUCCAGUUUUAAUAGAUCCCUCACUCAAGGUUAAAAAAAAAAAACACGUGAAUUGUAUUUUAUUGUUGGGGUUGUAAACUUCUAUAAACUAUUGUCAUUGCCUAAAACGCGUUGAAUUAUGAGGCAAAUGAGUUGUUUUUCUCACUUUCUGUUUUCGAACGAAUUUUGUAAAUGAAGGUAGUGAUUGACUUUUCGUGUGAUUGAUGUUAUAUCUGAAUAUACUUGCAAGAGAUGCAACGUACUCGAAUUUUCAAUAUUCUAAAAAUAAUUUCUUAUUCUUAUUGUAAUAUAUUACCAGAAGUGUUUAAAAUGUCCGCUAAGAAUUCAAUUUGACUUCGUUCUGAUAGUUUUUAAGAUGUAUAGAGUAGUCUAAUAUUUAAAAAAAUAGACUUUUUGCUAUGAAAGGUUCAGAAGAAGCUUUGUGCAGAGUUCAUUUUCAGAAAUAUUACAAAAUAAUAAAAAAAUAGUUGCUGAAUUUCUAGGAUAAGUGGUAAGUUUUAUACAUUGCAAAAGUUGAUGUCAUUUAUUUGCACGUAGGUUGUAGAAGAAUGAGCGCCUAUUUUGGGUUAAACUAGUUUUUAAAUUUUAAAAGUUAUGAAGAACUCAGAGUUCAUUGAGUAUUAACCGUAAUUUAUUGAUUAUUAUCAUUCGACAUUUCCACUUGCGUGAGUGAGCGUUGGUUAGUGAUAUUUAUUUCUAUUUAUUUCUAUUUAUUGUUAGUAAUUAAUUAUUUCAAGUAUCGUUAUUUAUUUCUGUAGCAAUUAAGAUUGUUUAAAGGUUUAAAUUAAAUUACAAGUGUGAACGAUCUUUGGUUUCUUCUAAGUGUGUCUAGAUGCUAACUUCUUACAAUAUCACCCCUGAAGCGCACAUUAAGGUCACGAGAAUAGAAGGAAUGAUCGCAAACUCGAAAGGCUCCCGAUUGAUAAACAAAUUCUCCUUAUCAGCAUCAUUGGAAAUGUACCGAGAACUAUAUGGAGAAUAUGCAUACUGGUGAAGAGGGAUAAUUGCUGACGAGAAAAAAGGAAGGCUCUCGUCAUGCGCAUUACUGUGAUUAGGUGACUCGGUGAUGUGGCUGUAACCGGUAAAGACGAGUGAAGCAACAAACCUCACUUGUCGGAUAACUUUGGAAUGGUUUCCAUGAGGUGCGCCAUUAAUGCGGACAUUCUUCACACUUAUGAUAUAGACUCAAGUACAAAUUAGUCGCAGUCCUUUUAUUUUCACAUCGUUUUCAUUCAAUUUGCGUUAAAUUGGCCAUAUCCUCGGCAAACAGGCAAAUUUAUAGGAAGAUACAAAAUUUUAAUUGUGGUGUGAAAAAUUAAAUAUGUUUUUUUGUAAUUGAGAUUUCUUGUAAAACACAUUUGGCACAUUUGGUUGAAUGAUUGGAUGUACUUCGGUUAUCAAGUAUGAUUCUAAAUGCUGUUGAUCGUAAAAUAAUUACUAGUGCACAAAUAACAUGCAGUAUCAAAAUGAUCAACAGCGCAUGACCACAAUAAAGAAAUCCUCUAUGAUAUAUCCACCCUAC